AUGGAUAGCAAGAAGACAAGAGUGAGACAAACAUUUCCAAUUUCAAAAAUAGAAAAUCAACGUGUUAGCGAUGUAACAUUUUUCAACCGUCGCUCUAGUCUAUACAGAAUGGCAAACGAACUUGUUGAUUUCUGUGAUGUUGAUAUUGGAAUAGUACUAUUUUCACCAUCAAACCACCCUUUCUCCUUUUUUCACCCAACAAGUGAAGCAGUCAUUGAACGUUUUUUGAAUCCCGAUUCACAACUAAGUGAGAAAACUCGCCUAGAUGCGGAGCAAGCACGAAAUAAGGUGAAUCAACUCAACAAUCGCCUAGAUGCUAUGGAGAAAAGGAUUGAGCAAAUAGAAGAAAUUGAACAUGCUCAAACUCUACUUCAACUUAGCCAAACGGAAGAAAAUGGCGAAAGAAGUAAGUGGAAAUCGAUUGAUCAAUUAAAUGCAAAUGAAAUACCAACAUUUGAAGCAUGGUUAAGAACCACCGUCUCUAAAAUGAAUUAUCGUUUGGAGAAGUUGGAAAAUGAGGCUUCAUCAUUGAAAAAUGCACGUGGAACUUCAUAA